UGGGGGUUCGGAGAGAGGCCAAAGGCUGGGUGCUCUGGCCCCUCUUUCCUGUCCAGUGUGCUUGGCUCUACCAGGGGCGCGGCCCUUGUUGUGCUGGGAAGUUCCAGCAAAUCCAGGGAGGCCUUCAAACAGAUACUUAAGAGAAACCAUUCCAGAUCUUUGAACUUUUUCCCAUUAAACUCACGCCAGAAGAAUUGUUGCAAGAUUUGAUGUCUGUCGGGCUAGGAGGAAGGACAUGUGAAAAGUUUUGACAGAGUUUCUGUGCCAGAUGAAAUUGGCAUACUCGCUAUCAUGGAUCCUCUGCGGGAAGCAAAUGGCACCUUUGCCUUAAACCUUUUGAAAAUACUGGGAGAAGACAGCUCAAAAAAUGUAUUUUUCUCACCCAUGAGCAUCUCCUCGGCCCUGGCCAUGGUCUGCAUGGGGGCAAAGGGAGACACUGCAAGCCAGAUGAUUCAGGCGCUUUCUUUGGAUAAAUGCAGCAGCAGUGGAGGUGGAGAUGUCCACCAGGGCUUCCAGUCACUUCUCAGCGAAGUGAACAAGACUGGAACACAGUACUUGCUCAAAACAGCUAAUAAGCUCUUUGGAGAAAAGACUUGUGAUCUUUUAGAAUCUUUUAAAGAUUCCUGCCACAAGUUCUAUGGAGCUGAGAUGGAAGAGCUGGACUUUCAGGGAGAUACAGAGCAGUCCCGACAGCACAUCAACACCUGGGUGGCCAAAAAGACAGAAGAUAAAAUUAGAGAGUUGCUGUCUCCAGGUACACUGAAUUCAGACACUCUGCUGGUCCUUGUGAAUGCCAUCUACUUCAAAGGAAACUGGGAGAAGCAGUUUGACAAAGAGGACACCAGGGAGAUGCCUUUCAAAGUCACCAAGAAUGAGGAGAAACCUGUGCAAAUGAUGUUUAAGAAGUUUACCGUCAACAUGACCUAUAUUGGAGAGAUAUUCACCAAGAUUCUGUUGCUUCCCUAUGCUGGCAAUGAGCUGAACAUGAUCAUCAUGCUUCCAGAUGAGCAUGUUGAACUGAGAACAGUGGAAAAGGAAAUAACUUAUGAGAAAUUCAUAGAGUGGACAAGGCUGGACAAGAUGGAUGAAGAAGAGGUGGAGGUUUUCCUCCCACGGUUUAAACUGGAGGAGAAUUAUGACAUGAAGGAAUUCCUGUGCAAGCUGGGCAUGACUGAUGCCUUUGACAACAGGGCAGACUUUUCUGGAAUAUCUUCCAAGCCAGACUUGUUCCUGUCCAAGGUUGUGCACAAGUCCUUUGUGGAGGUCACUGAGGAGGGCACCGAGGCUGCUGCUGCUACAGCUGCCAUCAUGAUGAUGAGGUGCAUGAGGUUCACCCCCCGCUUCUGUGCCGACCACCCCUUCCUUUUCUUCAUUCAGCAUGUUCAGACCAAUGGCAUUCUGUUCUGUGGCCGGUUCUCCUCUCCCUGAGGAAAGGAUGCUCCUAUCAGUCUUUUACCCAUUCUCCAUGGUUUGCCUGUGACCCAAGUGACCUUAUCCAUAAGUGCAAUGACAAUUUUGAAAUAAAGGGCUUUCUAGCAUCCCACCUUUAUAA